GAAAGGUCAUCGUCGAUGGCAACACGACUGCCUGCAAAGCUCACUAUCCCUUGCUAGCGGAUGGUUACGCAGUGGCACAGAUUCACUACGACACUAUGAACUUUGAGGGCGAUGUGCGCUACUUCUUGAUGUCCCGCGAGGUGAAAUUGCACCCGCUCGGAAUUGACGGCGACUACUCGUUCAUGGGAGGAGCCCAGGACGUCGCGGCGCUCGGAGAUCGGGGCAUCAGGCGCAUGGGUUUCGGCUUUCCGGACUCAAAAGACCUCACUCGCUGA